GUCUCUGCCCUGACACCCACCAGAGCCCGGAUCCCCCUUCCCCUGCCAGGAUGCUGCUCCCUCUGCUCCUCCUCCCCUGGGCAUGGGGGGCGCUGGCCGCUUCCCCUCCUGUCCCCACAGCAUCUGUCACCCUCCGGCUGCUCCACAUCAACGUCUUCCACAACGCCAGCUCCACGGACAUGUGGGGGAUGGCCCUGCUGGGCGACCUGGAGAGCCACUCCAUGGCCUGCAGCACCUGCGAGAUCCGCUUCCUGCAGCCCUGGGCCCAGCAGGGCCUGACCCCGAAGGAGUGGCAGGACCUGGAGCUGCUGAUCCAUCGCUACCUGUCUGACUUCAGCUGGACUGUGACCAGAAUAGUUCAGCACCUGGGAAAGGGCUACCCCUUUGUUACCCAGGGCUCCCUCGGCUGCGAGCUGCACCCCAACGGCACCUCGAGGCGAUUCUAUGGUGUCGGAGUGAACGGCGAGGACUUCAUCAGCUUCAACGCGGACGCAGGCAAAUGGGUCGCUCAGCAGGGGGAUAACGUGGCUGCGCGCUACACCCGGGACCUUCUCAACCAGGAUAAAGGCACAGUGAGCCGGCUUCAGUUUCUCCUCAGCAUGACAUUCGUCAAGCUAAUCAAGAGCUUUGUCCAGCAUGGGAAUGAGUCUCUGGCGAGGCAAGAGCGGCCGGUCGCCGUGGUGUUUGCCCGAGCGCCUCCCCCAGCCGGGCCCCCCGCGCCGGUACUGCUGGUUUGCCGGGUCACCGGUUUCUACCCCCGGCCCGUCCGCGUGGCCUGGCUGCAGGACGGGGAGGAGGUGGUGCCGGGCUGGUGGCUGAACUCCAGCGGGAUCCUGCCCAACGCGGACCUGACCUACCAGCUGCGCAGCUCCCUGGGCGUGGAGCCGGGCGCCGGGCACAGCUACGCCUGCCGGGUGCAGCACAGCAGCCUGGGGGGCCAGAGCCUGCUGAUCCCCUGGGAGCAGAGCAGGCCCUGGGGCCCUGGCCUGGCCGUGGGCAUCACCCUGGGGGUUGUGGCCGUAGCCGCCGUGGCCGUGGUGCUGUGGCGCAGCAGACGCAGGGGCUACCAGGACGUUAGACCAGGGGAGUCCAGGCCCUGAGGGGGCGGCACCGGCCCGGGCGUGGGGAUCAGCCCCUCCCUGGGGACAUGGACCUGGAUCAAAGCGCUGUGGGAUCGGGGCCGGGGUGUGGGGCGGGA